AUGGAUGAGUUGGCACACGAGCACAAGGCCCGAUACGACGACGCGAUGGAAUGGGCUCGAGCUGGAGUCAAACACAAGGCUCUCGAGAUAUGCUGGCAACUUCGCUUGGACAGGCGCCUCAGUAAAUACCGCCGUGUCCUCCUCAACUUCCUCCUGGCCUGCCUCGUCGAGCCAGAGGAGCGACUGAAGUUCGCAGAGGAGAGCUUGGACAUCAUCGACAUCAUCCGGCAGGACCUUGGUGGCCGCAUUCCCGACUACCUGCAGAAGGUCGAGACACUUGCGGAAGAGUAUGUCGAGCAGCUUGAGGAGCAGGCGGAGGAAGCACGUAUGAGUGCCGAGUCGAACAAGAUGUUGUUGAGCGCCUUACCAGCAGACAUCCCGGCGCUAUCAUCGCCACAGGAGCCGGGAGACAAGGAUGGAGCUCGCCUGCCCACAUUCGACGAGCAUGUGGCAGCUUUGUUUGCUGCAAAGAAAAAACGGAAGGCGACCUGGAAAGCCGAGCUUCCCAUCUUGCAACGCACCACAGAAGAGCCUAGCGAACCACCUGCUCCUCCAUCCACUGCUCCUCCAUCCACUGCUCCUCCAUCCACUGCUCCUCCAUCCACUGCUCCUCCAUCCACUCCCACACCAGCUGCCGUUUGCGGAUCUCCAUAA